CACCGAGCCUGCGGCACAAUCUGUCAUGGCGCCGGGGCUGUUGGGGCUGUGCGGUCGUCGCCUUCUGGCAGCAGCGGCGACGCGUGGGCUCCUGGCUGCCCGCGUUCGCUGGCAAUCCAGCGCCUCCAGGUCUGUGGUCUCUCCGUCCACUUUGCCCGGAAAACGGGCGCCAGAACCGGCCGUACAAUGGCAGGAGGACCCAGAACCCGAGGAAGAAAACUUGUAUGAGAAGAACCCAGAUUGUCAUGGUUUUGACCAGGACCCUGUUGUGGACGUCUGGAACAUGCGUGCUGUCUUCUUCUUCGGCUUCUCCAUUGUGCUCGUCUUUGGGACCACCUUUGUGGCGUACCUACCUGAUUAUAGGAUGCAUGACUGGGCAUGCCGAGAAGCAGAGAGGCUUGUGAAAUACCGAGAGGCCAACGGCCUCCCCCUCAUGGAAUCCAACUACUUUGACCCCAGCAAGAUCCAACUGCCAGACGAUGACUGACCAAGUGAGCCUGAAGAACAGCCACUUUUCACACCCCUGCCUGCUGUCUGCCCACUCCUCAGGGCACAUAAUUAAAGAGACUGAAAAAUC